AUGAGCUUGGGUAACUUUAUUGUGAGUCUGGAUGGAGAGGAAUAUGUUGAUAGUAGCACAUUACGAUAUUCAUCACCUGAAGUAAUCAACACGGCUACAUUGCAUACUGGUAUUAAAGCAGAUAUAUCAAUGGAUAUGUGGUCGUUGGGAUGUAUAAUGUACGAGCUGUAUACUGGAAGACCUAUCUUUUCCAGUGAACAAGAGGCCAAUGCCAAAUUAUUGAAAGAAUAUUAUACAGGAGACUUUGAUUUUCCUGUUUACAGAGUAGCCGAUACUCAAGCAAAGUAUGUGCUUCAGAAAUAA